AUAAACGCAUUAUGAUCAACGCGAAGAGCACGGCGAAUGGCGUGGCCGUCAUCGCAGCCCUGCUCUCGGUCCUCGCCGAUGGCAGUCCGAUCGGGAAAAGUGACGAGGGCUGCUCGAUCCUGAUCAACGGCGGCCUCGCCGAGCCCCAGCCGCUGAUUCUAAGGCCCGGUUUCGAGGGCGGUUACGUCAUCCCCGAGAAGACGGGUUCCGGAAGCGUGACCCUCGCGGUGGGCGAGUCCCUGCGGCUGGUCUGCCUGGGAAACAGCUUCGACCUAGAGACCAGCGAGCCGGUGGACGACGCGAACGUGACCUGCGUCGGGGGUACGACCUUCACCUUCGAGGGCCUCGGGAUAACGGAGGAGUUCGAGAACAUCGGUUGUCUGAGCUACCCGACGCACACCGCGAGGCGGACGGGGGUCGCCUGCCCCAACGGCGAGGUCUGCGAGAUCGGGUUCGACCUCGGAGACGGCGACUUUCAGCGGUUGAUCACCCUCUGCCACGACGACGUCGACCAGAACACGAUCCUCGCCCACGCGAAGGUCCCGGCGGUUAUCGACGCCGCCCAGACCUCCUUCCCUCGUCCCGGAUUCGUCAAGGGCGACUUCUACGUCGGCGUAUCAAUGGCCAACAUCUACACCAGGGUUAACCAGCGCGCGACCCUCGCCGGGAUAAUCGGGAGCGAGGAACUCGCCCUUGAGUACCUCCCCGCCUCGGGGACCUACUACUGGGCGAAGGGUCACCUCGUCGCGAAGACGGACCUGAUCUACGGUGCCCACCAGCGCUCGACUUUCUACUACCUGAACACCGUGCCGAUGUGGCAGAACAUCAACGCCGGCAACUGGGGGAUCGUCGAGGCGAACCUUAAGAACCUCGCGACCAACAGGGACGUCGACCUCGACGUGUGGACCGGGUCCACGGGCGUUCUGACGCUCGCCGACGUGAACGGCGACCAGCAGGAGAUCCACCUCUACGUCGACGAGAACAACAACCGGGCCGUACCCGUCCCGAAGCUGCUGUUCAAGGUCGUCUGGGAGGAGAGCUCGGGGCUCGGCGUCGCCUUCGUCACCGUGAACAACCCCUACCUCGAGGAACUCGACGACGAGCACGUCAUAUGUACGGACGUCUGCGACCAGGUAUCCUACCUUACCUGGAACCCUACGCGCAGCGACCGAGGCUUGAGCUACUGCUGCGAGGUCGACGAUUUCCGGAAAGCCUUCCCCGACAUACCCGAGUUCACGACCACCGGGAUCUUGGCUUGAAGUCGAAGUCAUCGUCAUCGUCAUCCUCGGCCGCGACUGAUCCGUUAGCCUUUGACGUCUCUUAGCCAGCCGAUCCCUUUCUUUCGGUCUCUCGGGCUGUUUGGCGAACGGUUUUAGUCGUGAGUCGAGGCGAAUGUGGGGGGAAAUAAAUAAAAUCUUCCAAUUAUUAUUCAAGUCGUAAUUUUGGACUUUCGUUGUUGAUGAAAUGUUGCGCUCCUGUUCCCUACGCGGCUUUCAUCGGCCUAGAGACCCCGUCGUUGUUAUCGAAUGACGUAUCAUGCUAUUUUUUCGAAUCGAGCACUAUGUUUAAACUAAUUGUACCGCAACGGCGAAACCAAGAUACAGUAUAAAGCUGACGAGAGUUAUUAUCUAGUCGCUGAAUGAGCCUUUUCGGUUGACAGGUAUUUUCUUCUCGAUACGCGUAGGCGUAGACGUCCGUAUAUAAUAUAUUGUACGAUACGGUGAAAGGCAAACAAUAUUGUGAACCAAUAUUGAAUUGACAUCGAAGUAGAAAUUCAUUAGAUAGGUAUAAUAAACCUCUGAUAACGGUACCCGUAA